AUGCCCUUAGCAAUGGGUUACAGAGCACUAGCAAUCCUUAUUGUCUUCCUGCAACUAUCAUUUUCCUCUCCGGUUCCUGCCAGGAACAAGAGACAUGUGGAUGGCAUGUUCACCAGUGAAUUUAGCCGGGCGAGAGGAUCAGCUGCUAUUCGGAAGAUUAUAAACUCUGCUCUGGCAGGGAAAAGGGAUUUGGAGAAUAAUUUCCAAAUGGAAACUCCAGAAGUUGAAUCACACAGAAAUAUUUUGGCUGAGCUGCAUCUAAACAGCCUUCCAGACACAAGGUCAGAAGAAAUAAGUCUGAAUGAGAAGGAAGUAACAGAGGGACAAAUCUGCUCUGCAAUCCUAUAUCUGCUUAAUAGGCCGCCUUACGAGACCCAACAAGUACUCAAUCCACAGAUAUAUUCCUUUGAUUCUGAGGACUUUAGGGAAGAGAGAUCUAUGGGUUUCUCUUCAGAGAUAACUGGAGGUUCUGAAGAGGUAGAGAACAUACUAGUGGCUGGACGGAUAGGAGGAUGA